AUGGCCCACACACUCCUGGACAUACACCUCAAGAGUGGUUUGACUGACAGCCGCUUCGCUCGGAUCGUGGAACAGUGUGCGAACAUCUGUACCUGGCAUUCUGACAUAGGUAGAGCAACGGUGUUCUUAUCAAGAGCGCAGAAAGCUUUUCUCACUAUUCAAGGGACUCAAGGAAAGGAUUUCUUGAGAGUUACAGAAUUGGAGAGAGAUCCAAUGACGACGGUGAAUGCAGGCCGUACGACAAGAGGGUUAUCGUCGAAAGAAGAUAUGGGAAUCAUCUGGAAAAAUAGAGAGAGGGAUACAGAAAUCAUGUUCAUGCUCGACGCAAAAGAGCUUGGGGAGUAUAUUAAACUUUCCGAAUAUGAGCAUGCGGCCAAUGGCACAGUAGAGGGGGUGGAUGAUGGACAAGACCCCAGCAUAGAUCUUGAGCAACUGGUGAAAGAGCUGGAGUUGGAGAAGAAACAACAUGAUCAGUCCCGCCGCCAGUAUGGAUACAGCUCCGAUGAGAAGCUCAACAAAGGGAAAAAUAAAGGUGGCCGAAAACUCAAGGGCAAGGGCAAGGGCAAGGGCAAGGGCAAAGCAGUGGUGAGUGGGAUUAGCAGAGAGGGAAAUGAAAGGGCCAAAGGGAAGAAUUGA